ACUCCUAUUCAACGGUGUUUGUGGCUAUGAUGGCUCCUCAGCAGAUGCAGCAGCUCCUUUCCUCCAACCAGCUGCAGGCUCUCAUUCACCAGAAGCAACAAGCCCUUCUGCUCCAGCAGCAACAUCUGAAAGAGUUUUACAAGAAGCAACAACAGAUUCACCUGCAGCUGCUUCAACAAAAGCCCAGCAAAAAAGUCAAAGAGCUCCCUGCACAGCAGCUUGUGUUCCAGCAGCUCCUCCAGCAGCAGCAGCAGCUCCUCCGGGUGCAGAGACCCAUCCUGUCUUCCCCGGCCCUCUCUCCAGGUCACUAUGUUUCAUCUCCCUCAGCAGCAGUGUCUGUUGAAAGAAACGCUGGUUUUAGCCCUGCAAAGAUGCAGCAGAUAUGGAAAGAGCUCACAAACGGAAUAACUGAAGAUAAAACCACAUCGAAAGGCAAUCAGGACUCUUCUGCUAACAACAUAAUGUCAACAAAAGUCACAGGGAGGCAGACCGGUGACCAGCAGUCGUCUUCUCCUCGCAGGGCACAAUGUGCUGUCAAAGCUGAUCGCGCUGCCGCACACGCUCUCUACGGUCACGGUGUGUGUCACUGGCCCGGAUGCGAGUCGGUGUGUGAAAACUUCAGCCAGUUCAUCAAACACAUAGGCAGCGAGCACACUCUGGAUGAUAGAAACACAGCACAGUGCAGAGUCCAGAUGCAGGUGGUUCAGCAACUUGAGCUUCAGCUCGGCAAAGAACGGGAGCGUCUCCGAGCGAUGAUGUCUCACCUGCAUCUGCCAUCUUUAGAAUCUCAGUUGAUCUCUGCACCCGCAAGUCUACAGUUGCCACAAUCUGAUACGGCUGCUGACCCACACGGUCUUCAGCUCAGUUUAGUCGCCGGCACCCACAACCUGGCCUUGCCGAGCCCAUCAGACUCCCCCCAACCUCUGGCCUCUGUCAGCACUCCAUCCCAGGGGAGUGAAGAAGAGUGUGCUGGGGCCAUAAGAUGUCGUCAUCACCCUUUGGUCUACUCCCUGUCUUCAGAAAAUGAAUAUGAGCUUUACAAGAACACCGAUAUCAGACCACCUUUCACCUACGCAACACUGAUAAGACAGGCCAUUAUGGAAACAUCAGACAUGCAACUAACACUAAACGAGAUAUACAACUGGUUCACACGGACAUUUGCUUAUUUCAGACGCAACGCCGCCACUUGGAAGAACGCAGUGCGCCACAACCUGAGCCUGCACAAGUGUUUUGUGCGUGUGGAGAAUGUGAAAGGCGCAGUGUGGACAGUAGACGAGGUGGAAUACCAGAGGAGGAGAUCCCAGAAGAUCCCAGGGAGUCCAUCGCUGAUGAAAAAUGUGUCCUCCAGCCUUGAUUUUGGGACUGUUCUGAAUGCCAGCUUACAGACGGCGCUGGCUGAGGCGUCACUGCCAGGAUUCAAGAAGGAGUGUGUGAGCAGAAACUCCACGAGUCAAACGCAGGAGAACAUAGCAACAAACAGCAGCAGUAAACAAAACUUCUCUCCACGAGUCCAGCAGUCUCUCUUCCUUAAAGGCCAAGCGCUGAAUCUGAAUGACCAAGAAUCUCUGAUGGCCACAGUAAAGCCAGCCAUACUGCCGCGUGACAUGAGUGAAGAUUAUGAAGAACAUUUGUUUGACCCUGAAUGACAAGAGAACGCUUUCAAACACUCUGCCAAGGAGACCUGGCCAAGAAAAGUGCAUCAUGACAAGAAUCCAAACAGAGGAGAAUGAACACAAUCAAAAAGAAAAGUUGGGAUCUGAUAGUUUGGGGGAAACUGUGUAUUUUUCACCAUGAAGAAAUGCCACACUUUCAUGUAAAUAAUACAAUCCAAAAGCUAAAGGACAGACAGAUAUUUGUUAUAGUAUGAUGUAGAGAAGGAAUGUUUUGUCUGUUUUUGUGAUAGUUCAAAACACAGUGAAUGCUACAUUACAGCAAAGAGAGAGCUGUUUUCCGUUGAUGAAAUAUUUAAACACAUGUAUAGUCUGUACUAUGGCUUCUCUCUGUUGUCUUUGAAAAUCAGCCUGCUGAAAUGUGUUUUAUCAAUGUCUAUUUGUCUUGUGUGUUUACCUGUUUCCCUGUGUGUAACUUAUGUAUUUAAUACAUCACUGUCACUGAAAUAAAGAUUCCAAACAUUCCACUUUUAUAACAUUGUGAGGGUAUUUACAUUAGAUGCUGUGUUUGUCUGUAACUGUAUGCCCAAAGUGUCUGAUUACAAUGUAAUAAUAAAUAUAUGUAAACCUGA